GGGUUAUUAAGUGAGCAUACAGCUGUUAUUACUGUACCUGACAUCCUUUGGGCCACCGCUUUCAUAUGCCAGUCCACCAAGGCCUCUGCCAUCCUGCCUCCUGCUGUCUCACUUCCUACCUUCUCAUCUGUCCAACUGUCGCUCCACCAGAUCCGCUUCUUCUCGGUCCUUCCGAUUGCGUUUAAUAGAUCGGAAGCAAGAGAUUAAAAUCUCGCAUUCGACGUAACUGAACAGCAUAUCUUUCAUUUCUAGCCAUAUCUCACGUUUUCGCGGUUCUCGGCAAAGUUUGGCAGACACCACCACUCGUUAAUGUAGUCGUUUACCCUCGCUUCCGAUCUCUACCGCAAAUCACCACGCUUCCGGCCCACGAUCUUCCGAUAACAUGCCCUCCAACCUGUCCGCGAUGUUUCUCCCCGGCGACGACGCCAAAGACGACACAGAUGCCAAAGCGGAGCAAGAACGGCGACAAAACACGGAGAAAAAAGACAAUCCAGAGUCAACGCAGGGUGCUGUGCGAUUUGCUGCGGAAAAUGAAGAAAUAGAUCCUCUGGACGACUCGAGGCGUCCUUCCCAAGCUGGCGGGGUGAAGAAUGAGGAGCUCAGUCCCGAAGCCCACGAACAGAUCAGGAAUUUGGCCAUGUCUCUACAAAAGUCCCGGCUGCAGGAAAACCGCAUGGCGAAUUUUGCCUACGAACCGGUGUCUAUGCCUCCCUCACGGGUCCCUUCAAGAGACAGUGAGACGCCUGGUACUCCUCGUGGCUCAAUAAGACAAGGCCACGGCUCCAUGUCCUCUGCAUUUCAAUCCCCUCCCUUGACACCGCAUGGCUCAAAAGACGGGAAGCAAGAAUCUGUUUCUGCAGGACGUGGCCAGCAAGGCCAACACGCGAUAACUCCGCAAACAUCGCCACCUCCAGACUCACAGGGAAAGGGACUGUCUCAGUCCAUAUCGCCUUCUCAUCCUGUCUCCCCACCUCGGUCCUCCGAACAAGCCCCGGCGAAGUCAGAACAAGGGCAUGAGAGACGGAUAGCCAAAUUUGAGAUUGGUCCCUCUGAAUCUGCGAGCCCAGCGGACCAGAGUCCCGUUGGGACACCCAAACUUCGACCUUCCUCCCCACAACCGGGUGCUCUACAAAAGCCGCCUGAGCCGCGGCAUUUCGGAAGCCUGGGAAGAGGAUCCCUAGCCCCAGCUAUCGCGGCGGCGGCAGAGCGGAUACCACGACAAUCAAGUUCUACAGAGCUCUCUGACAAGCGAGGAUCAAUAUUUGGAUCGAACAAGAAGGAUCCUUAUUCCCACGUCACGGAUAGUGGUAGCGAGAAGAGCGGCUUAGACGGGAGGAAACAUGGAUCAAUGUCUGAACUAAAACGAUUCUUCAGGCUUGGUCACGGCCACAAGAAGCACAAUAACCAGCCAGACUCACUGGCAUCCACAGUCCCAGCCUCGCGCAAGUCCAGUCAGAGAUCGGGAACCAGGACGCCUCCCCACCAAGCUCCACCGUCCAAUGUUCCCUUUAUGGAUGAUCACAGCCUUGAGGCGAAGUAUGGAAAAUUCGGCAAGGUGCUCGGCUCUGGCGCAGGUGGCUCCGUGAGGUUACUCAAGCGAAGCAGCGACGGAGUCACCUUUGCCGUGAAACAAUUCCGGGAGAAACAUUCCUGGGAGAGCGAGAAGGACUACUCGAAGAAAGUCACGGCAGAGUUCUGUAUCGGCUCAACUCUACAUCAUGGCAAUAUUAUUGAAACCAUGGACAUCAUCCAGGAAAACCAUCGAUGGUUUGAGGUGAUGGAGUAUGCCCCCUACGAUCUCUUUGCCAUCGUGAUGACGGGCAAGAUGACGAGAGAGGAGAUUGCAUGUUCUUUCCUUCAAAUUGUCAAUGGUGUCAGCUAUCUGCACAGUAUGGGGCUCGCACAUCGUGAUCUCAAAUUGGAUAAUGUGGUGGUGAGCGAGCACGGCAUCAUGAAGCUGAUCGACUUUGGAAGUGCCACAGUGUUCCGGUAUCCUUUUGAGAACGAAAUUGUACUCGCUUCAGGAAUUGUUGGAUCGGAUCCUUAUCUCGCCCCGGAGGUGUAUGAGGAAAAGAAGUACGACCCGACAGCGACAGAUAUCUGGUCUUUGGCAAUCAUCUUCUGCUGCAUGUCACUUCGCCGCUUCCCGUGGAAACAGCCACGACUUGUCGACAACUCCUACAAACUGUUCGCUUCUCCGCCUACACCGGGCACGCCUGUCCCAGAUUCACACCCCCGGAAAUCUUCGCAUCUAAGUCCGAGCGAAGAUAACGCCUCGCGACAACAUGGCGAAGCCAACGGCAGUGCUAAUGCGUCACAUCAUCAUCAUCACCACUCGGAAAGCGUGGAUGAAGGGCGGCCUUCGACAUCUGGUGGGGAUAAGCAGGAAGUGAUCAAAGGCCCAUGGCGACUGCUCCGCAUUCUUCCGCGGGAAAGCCGCCACAUCAUUGGCCGCAUGCUCAAAAUCGACCCAGCCGAACGAGCGACGAUGGAAGAAGUGCUUGAGGACGACUGGGUAUUGGGCGCAAGAGUCUGCUAUCAAGAAGAGAACGGGACUGUUCACCAUGCAGAAGGCCACACCCACGUUUUGGAAGCCGGAUCCGGCGGACCGCCGCCAGCCAAGUAGUGGACAAGGCUGGGAAAUCGGAUGACCACCUUUUGAGUCCUGGAGACCUAUGAUGGAACGGCUAUGUCCAUGUCGCACGGCAGCACUAAUGGGGAUCGCAUUGUGUAGAAUUUGGAAGAUUGACAUGUCAUGGGAGCUUGUUGGGUGAUGGGUCGCUUUGUGGUUUCUUUUGGCCCAGGGCCUUGGUUGGAAUGCGUGUUGGAGAAAGCCAGAGUUGUUGAAAAUGCCAUCUGCGAAGGGCCUUGAUAUUAUUUGUAGAUACCAGUUUAUCACGUUCAACCACAAAUCAGACCUUUCGAGGUAUGUUAUAUUGAGGCUGCGAACUCAACCAAGCAGAAUCACGCACGAGAGCAACUUCCCUCGUCCUAUA